UUUGCCAUGAUGUAAACAGACAUGCCCAGUUUAAGUUAAGACCCCUUGAUCAUACACACGUGUUUCAGCUGUGCUUCCCUAUUAGAGCCAUUAGGACAGGAGUUACUCUUCUGUUAUUUGGAAAGUAAAACCUCGAGGGGGGUCAUGAUGAUCGGUUUCACGGAAUACGUCUUUGGUUCUCUUGUAUUUUAACAGACAAAAUGAGUCAUCGAAGUCCUGCUUCUCCUGCCAUCAAUGGCAUCACUCCGAUCCAGCAGAUGAUUUCUUCCUGCUCCGGAGCCCUGCUUACAUCGCUGCUCGUCACACCUUUGGAUGUGGUAAAAAUCAGACUGCAAGCGCAGAAAAAUUGCAUAUUCAAAGGCAAGUACUUUGUCUAUUCCAAUGGACUCAUGGACCACAUAUGCGUGUGUGAAAAUGGCAAGGGCUGGUACAAAGCUGCCGGUCAAUUCAAAGGCACACUCGACGCCUUCUAUAAGAUAGUGUGCUGUGAGGGAAUCACAGCCUUAUGGAGCGGUCUGCCUCCAACACUUGUGAUGGCGGUCCCGGCCACAGUGAUCUAUUUCACGUGCUACGAUCAGCUGCAUGCAGAGCUGAGGGUGAGGAUGGGAGAGCGGGCCCAGGAGGCUCCGCUGUUAGCGGGAGCCAUCGCUAGAGUGGGUUCAGCAACCGUAAUUAGCCCCCUUGAGCUGAUCCGCACCAAGCUGCAGUCCCAGAAGCAGUCGUACAGGGAGCUGACCAACUGCAUCCGCUCGGCAGUGCAGACAGAAGGCUGGUGGUCCCUGUGGAGGGGUUUAGGGCCCACCCUGCUCCGAGACGUGCCCUUCUCAGCCAUGUACUGGUACAACUACGAGUGGGCCAAAACUUGGCUGUGCCAGUGGCGUAACACCACAGAGCCCACGUUCACCAUCACCUUCAUAUCUGGAGCCGGGUCGGGUUCUAUCGCAGCCAUUGUCACAUUACCAUUUGAUGUGGUCAAAACAAGACGGCAGGUGGAGCUCGGGGCGCUGCAAGCAAAGAAUUCAUCAGAUCAGGUUUCUUCAUCUACUUUCAGCAUCAUGAGGAGGAUUGUGGCACAAGAUGGCUUUCGUGGGGUUUUUGCAGGUUUCCUCCCCAGGCUGAUCAAAGUGGCUCCAGCCUGUGCCAUCAUGAUCAGCUCGUAUGAGUUUGGAAAGGCCUUUUUCCGCAAACGCAACCAGGAGCGGAUACCUCAGCAACUGCAAUCCACAAGCACGUGUCUGGUCUCCGCCAUGAAAUAACCGUCACCAGUCACUGCUAGAUCACACAUAAGGAAAACGUAUAAUUUUGCCAAUUCCUGAAGCAGAAAAUAGGGGUUAAACAAACUUAUCCAAGUCUUUCCAGAUUGAGAUAAAUGUAUAUUAAAUGCCUUAUAGUAUUUAUAAUUUAUAUUGUCAUCGAAGCUAUAAGAAAUAAAAAAUUUUCAUGUAAAACAAAAAGAAAAAGGCCAGAUUACAUGUUAAAUGCAACUAACAGCCAGCAGAUGGCAGAUAUUCUUUAGAUACGUGGCUUUUCCCUGGAAUCAUGUGCACCUUGCCUGAAGAUCAUUUUAUCCUGCUGCUUGUCACCUAAGAGCCAUGCUGGACAAACAGGAACGAUCGGUAGCAGUUCGCCAGAAGAACUUUAUGAUGUUCUCUGAUGUUCUGAUUUUAUUUUCAUUGGUCUUACAAUGCUUCCCACUCCAUCUGUUUCUGUUUCAACACACAUGUUUGAAAUUCUCAAUGUGAAAGCAGGUGAACUUUAUUUAAAAUAAAAAUGCAAAUAAGUCCAAUAAAAUAUCAAGUUAU